AUCUCGGUUUGGACUUGGUGGUCUUUGAGCCCUUCCAGCUCAGAAUAUCCAGUGGUUCUGUGACCCCACAUGACCCUGGUGUAGCUGCCCAGAAGGAGUUUCUUGCUACUCUAAAUCACCACUAAGGACAUCUGCCUCAACCUUGGAUCUCUGUUGGAGACUCUUUAUGUUGACUUCAAACACAUUUGGGACAGCUUCUGCCUCACAGUUCCCCUUUCCACCACUGCUGAGCUUCUGUUGAUGCCACAGAGGAGUUCCAAGCUCCAUGUGUUCCCAUGGGAGCAGCUGGGGCUGGAAGUUGUCAUGGAGGAUUUGUAGAAGAUGGAGCCUGGUGAGAGAUGUGAGGUCUGCCUGAAGGCCUCAGCCAGCAGGUGCCAUGCGAUGCUCUCUGAAACGCUCCCUCACGGUUCUGCUCACUGUCUCCUUCCUCCUCCUCCUCCUCCUCCAUGGGAGCAGCCGGCAGGAACAGGAUCCCCUGGAGGUGCAGCUCAGGGGCCUGGCUCCUGACACCAUCCUGCAGCUGCUGCAGCCAGAGGGAGCCCAGCACAUCCUCAGGGACACAGCUGAGCUCUCUGCACUCCACAACAUCUCCUACCAGCUCCUCGCUGGCUCCCCGGCUCCCCGAAAAAAAUUCCUGGCGGUGGGAAUGGCGUCUGUGCAGAGGCCACGUGGUUUCUACCUCCUGGCCACACUCCAGUCCCUGUUCAGCCAGUCCACGGAGGAGGAGCUGCAGGAGAUGGUGGUGGUGGUGCACCUGGCUGACACCGAUCCUGGCUGGAACGUGCGCGUUGCUGCCACCAUCGCCCAGAAGUUUGCUCGCCACAUCCUCCUGGGCCGGCUCCUGCUCAUCCAUGCUCCCCCUGAGUUCUACCCCACCCUGGAAGGUCUGAAGAGGAACUUCAACGACGCAGAGGAGCGGGUGAGGUUCCGCUCCAAGCAGAAUGUGGACUAUGCCUUCCUGCUCGCCUUCGCUGCCAACCUCUCCUCCUACUACCUGAUGAUCGAGGAUGACGUGUGGAGCGCCAGGUCCUUCCUGACGUCCAUCCGCAGGGCAGUGGCUUCCCAGGAGGGCUCCAACUGGGCCACCCUCGAAUUCUCCAAGCUGGGCUACAUCGGAAAGCUCUACCGCUCCAGUGACCUUCCUCGCCUGGCUCACUUCCUCCUCCUCUUCUACCAGGAAAUGCCCUGUGACUGGCUGCUGGUCCACUUCCGCCAGCUGCUCACCCAGAAGGACGUGAUCCGCUUCAAGCCAUCUCUCUUCCAGCACAUGGGCCUCUACUCCUCCUUCCAGGGCACUGUCAACCGGCUGAAGGAUGAGGAUUUCCAGGCUGAUGCCUUGGACCUCCCGGACAACCCACCAGCAUCCCUGUACACCAGCAUGUCCAUCUUUGAGAACUACGAGCCCCUCAAGGCCUACAGCUCGGCACAGGGGUACUUUUGGGGCAAAGACCCGGCAGCUGGCAGUACUUUUACCAUCGUGUUCCAGCAGCCAGCCCGAGUCAGCCGCGUCCGGGUGCGCACGGGCUCCGUGGAGCGCCCGGGCGAUUUCCUGCGCGCAGGGCUGCUGGAGCUGGGCCAGCGCCGCGACCGCAGCCGGGACUGCUCCUCCUACGUCCCUGUGGGCUCCUUUGAGAAGGGGACCCUGGAGCAGCAGGGCCUGGAGAGGGUCCUGCCUAGGCCCGUGGAGUGCGUGAGGAUCCGGGUGACCCAGGACCAGAGCGAGUGGCUCAUCAUCCAGAGCAUCGAAAUCUGGACCACAGCAGGCACUUGAGCACAGCACCUGUGGCAGCAUGUCAAAGCAGCUGCAUUGGGUUCCUUUAUUUUUCACAUUGCCUUUUUGGAUAAGAAAUUAUUGGCUCUCACUGCCCUAUGUCUGGAGAGAUGGGAACCACUGCUGUGGGCUGUGGGUGGGUCUAGGAGCAGGGCCCAUCAGAAUGUACCUGCUGGGGGAUGCCCCAAUGAGCCAAGGAGGGGGAAGGAUGUACAGGACAAAGCUGAUCAGCUAAUUAACAAACCAAAUAAUUCAUCAGGCAGUGGUAUUUUUUGGAGCCUCUCCACACCUUACUUGUUAUAAGUUUUCUAACUUUUUCCAAAACUCUCAAUUUCUCAUUCCCUCCUCUCUGAUCCCAUUUCCUAGCUGCUCCUGGAGGGGUCAGGGGAAAGUCUGGGGGUGCUGCUCACCAAACCCUUCACCUGCAGGCUCAGCAGGUUCGUGGCAGCAGCAAGCUCCCACUGGUGCCCGGCCAUUUCCCGGUGCCGAUCGGGGGCGACGGCCACCAGAUGGACCCAUCGGCCCGGCCACGGGCAGCGCCUCCCACCAGCGCUCCUUGUUCCCGCCCUCGAAGGGAAUAAAACCAAU